AGUUGUCAACAGAGGAAGUCCAUAUAAGUCUCCGUGUGCGGGUGUAGUGCUGUAUUAAUGAAAAACUAUGCGAAUGCUAUGUGUUACAGUCAUAGGGUUGCUUUGUAGUUCCGUUUUUCUUUUUAAUUUUCCUUAAUUUCCCCGUAAUAUUUGUUUUCCAUAGGCGAACGUAUUCAGGUGAAGGAAGCUCAGAGAAAGACUUGCCGUUCAUCAGAUUCAAUUGAAUAGUUCGGUAUAUUCCAAUAGUGUGAAACUGCAGCCAGCAAUUCGGGGCGUUCCUGCUGCAUGUGGGCAAGUCUUUCAUCAUACUCCAGCUGGUUAAGCUAGCACCCAGUGUCCUUCGACUACUAAAAAGCUUCCUUUACCGUCGUUAACAGCACUGGGGGAAACCAGUGCCCAACAAGCGGACGAAGGACACUGACUAACGUACAGGUGUAUGGCUAGCUAUCUACCGUUUGCGCCCCGACGGAGUUAAUCCGUUGCUGGCAUCCAACAUGAUUGUGCAUUAAUUCCUAUACACAGGAACGCAAUUUAACCCUUCUCCGAUUUUCAAACCUUGCGCUCUAUGUGCGUCAAUAACAAUACUGUGUUUUGCAAUGUCUCGUGUUGAAGAAAUAUAAGUGUUAUAUGAGAAAUUACGUAAGUGAUAGAAGUGUAAUGAAACUAAACGCAGGUGGUUGCAUUACAGAGAGCAAACAAAGUCAUUUCAAUACAAACAAUUAAAUUGAUCAGUUUGGUAUUGCACAUGAGUAAAAACCGAAUAUUAAUAUUACAGCUGACUGAGCCUUCUUUGUUCUGUUUGAGCCGUCUCUGAACAGGGGGAACACGCAUAUGCUCUUUAAUGCCACUCUCAGGGCAUCAAUGGCUUCCUCCUUUGGCGUGCAGGUUAUGUAUGAGAGGAAGCGGUAGCCUCUCAAAACGCUUCCAAUAACUAGAUUCAUGCUUUCAAAGAAAGAUCGGAACUAGUACUGCUGCUAGGAAGACCAAUGUACUCAAAAAGAAACAUGAAAUCGGAGGUUGUCAAAGAUAACUGGUGGAGUUUACCAGCAAGGGGAGCCUCACUUCACUACAUGAAAUGACCAUCAUCCCAAGCAUCGACUAUGAAGCUACAGUGCCUUUCAAGUCCAGAUUGCUGUCCCUCAAAAAGACGGGUCCUGUAGAAAUGUCUAACUGCCAGUCAGUGCCAACCAUCCCCAUCAACGACCUCAUACAGAGACAGUACCAACAAAUCACCUCCCUUACAGAGACAUACCAGCUAACAGAAGAGAAUGUCUGCUUCCUGGUCUGCUCGCUGCUGAACGACAUAGCUGCUGCAUAUUUCCCAGAAUGCAACAUUCUGCCCUCCAUGAACGGCUUCCGGAAGCUGGGCUUUGAACUAGACAUGUUUCACGACCUGGAUGACACCAAUGGAAGGAAUCUUAAGGUGCGGAUGGGGAUGGAGGAACCACAUCAGGGUCAUGGUCAGUAGGGCACAACGUAGCAAAAGGUCUUGCAACGGAAAACAAAAACAGUUUUGUUAUUGAAAUAAGUCCAGGUAGGAAUCUAAAAGAGAAGGACAUUUUAACCCUUUAUACAAGGGGUGGGCAACAUUGAUGGGGAUGGUGGCCACAGAAAAUCUGAACUCAUCAUGAGGGGCCACAGUCAGAGCCAGCCCUAGUCUUUUGGGGUCCGUAAGUGAAGCAAAACAUUUUAGUGGCCCCCCUCUUGACAGUGGAGAGAGUUUUUAAGUUAAUCUCCUACAAUUCUUGGUCACUGAUAAGCGCCUAAAUCGGAACUUACUGGCUAUACUGUAACAUACUGUAUAUAUAACGUCCCUUUAUAGUGCUGUAUGGGAUUCAACUGACAGCUGUUCAAAACGUGUGUUCCAUGCACAACAAAAAUAUGCUACUUUUGGAAAUAUUUUGUUGUCUGAGUGAGGAUGAGACAUGAAGGAUGAGGCGUUGAAGAUUAUAAUAAAUACCGCUUUGAUGUUGUAAAAGCAAACCACACGCCUGUCACGCCCUGGUCGAGGUAUUUUGUGUUUAUCUUCAUUUAUUUGGUCAGGCCAGGGUGUGGCAUGGGGUGUGUUGGUAUUGGGAUUGUAGCUUAGUGGGGUGUUCUAGUUAAGUCUAUGGCU